UUUAAGAAAAGCGUGAAAACCACAAUUGACUUUGUAUUUACUCAGCGAACACAUUCUAUCAUGUAGCACUUGGUAAGGACACAUUUUCUCCAAGAGGAGACAGUAGGGUGUUAUACUGCAGUGUCCAACCUGCUGAUGUCUUUCACCGCGCUUAAAACCCCAUCUGACAACAAACAUACGCGUCCAUAGUGAGUAAAAGAAGCCAAGAAGGUAUCAUGUGGUGGAAAAGAGGCAAAAGAUAAAGCGGUGAAGCAUGCACGGAUGCUAAGAGGCGUCCUCCUCAACUCUUAGCAGCCUUCGCCCAGCCCAGCCGCCGUCCGACACGUCCACCAGUGAGAUUCGCCAUGUCCUCAGAGGUGGAGAUCAACGUGGCGCCCCCCGCCGAUCCGAACGCCACGUCCUCGACGUCGGCCUCUGCCUCCACCUCCCCUCCCGCCUCGCCUGCCACGGCCACAUCCAAGGUCCCUUUCCGCAAAGACAAGAAGAAACUUCCAGACAAAACAGACGAGUACCUGCUGGCCAGGUUUCAAGGGGACGGGGUGAGGUACAAAGCCAAGCUGAUCGGCAUCGAUGAUGUUCCCGAGGCCCGAGGUGACAAAAUGUGCCAGGACUCCAUGAUGAAACUCAAGGGAAUGGCGGUAGCUGCUCGCUCUCAAGGGAAACACAAGCAGAGAAUCUGGGUCAACAUUUCCAUGUCUGGCAUCAAGAUCAUUGAUGAGAAAUCAGGAGUGAUUGAACACGAGCACAUGGUGAACAAGAUCUCCUUCAUCGCCAGAGACGUGACGGACAACAGGGCCUUUGGGUACGUGUGCGGCGCAGAGGGCCAGCACCAGUUCUUUGCCAUCAAGACUGCACAACAGGCGGAGCCUCUGGUCAUGGACUUAAAAGAUCUGUUCCAAGUCAUCUUCAACAUGAGGAAAAAAGAGGCAGAGGCUUCCCUGAAGGGAGAAAACAGCAGCACAGUAGUUGAGAAUGGAAGUAACGCCGUGCAGAGUGGAGGAAAAAGCAACCAAGCGGUGGAGCAGCUUGACCUGUUUGGAGACAUGUCCACGCCUCCAGACAUCCACUCUCCAAACGACUCUAAUGAUUUUCUCUUGCUGGACUUUUCCACCGAAGUGGACAGCAAUCAGAAUUGCAUAAAGGGAAGCGUUUUAUCUUCCUGUGACGCCAACUGCAGUGCGCCGCCCCAGACACAGAACCCCUCCUGCCCAACGUUGGGCUACUUCCCCGCCCCAGACAGCGACCCUUUCAGAGACGAUCCCCUCUCCAAAGUGCCCAGUCGUUCGCAUGCCUCCUUGGCCAAUCGCCCAGUGGGCACCGCUAGCGGCUCUUUGAGGGGAAAGACGGAAGACCUCGGCCAGCGGAUGCUAACCAGUAAGAACAUGAUCCUGGCUCUCAGUAACGGCCAGUGGCCACUAGGUGGCGAAAUAACACACAGCGGUGCCAUCACCCUGAUGGACAGCAACGAAUCUGGGCCGGUUCUCAUGACCAAAAACCCCUUUUUUGACUCGUCUGCCCCCUUUUCUAAUGGGAUAAGCCACGAAGCCCCAAAGACUCCUAGCAGGGACUCUGUGGUUCUAACCCCGCCUCCUCAGAAUUCUAAGGCCGGACGAAGUCGAAGGAGUCAAAAGCCCUCAGCAAAUGACUUGUUUGGAUCAGACCUCCUUGCUGCUCCGAGUCAGCCUGAUGGGUCAUCGGCUGCAGGUGACCUCUUCAACAACACACCGGCCAACUCCAACUCCGCUCCAUCUUCCAUUGCAGCUUUAGAUGGUAUGUUCUCAUGUCCAGGAGAUCUCCAGUUAGGUCCACCAUCCAGCACCAGCAUUCCUGCAGCAGGGUUGUGGGGAGCCUCAACCGCUGCACCCUCCAUGUAUGGGGCUCAAAGGCCCGCCUACCCGCAACCAUCCGCCUUCGGUGGUCUCCCCAUACCCCCCACAGCCUGGGGCCAGCAGAUGCCUCCUCAGUUUGGUGCCCCACAUCUAGCCCCACCCCACGCCUGGGGUCAGCCUCCGCCGGCCGGUCCUCUCGUAUCUCCGGGUUGGGGUCAGCCGGCCUCGACCAACCCUUUCCAACCUGGCCCGUUCCCCGUGAUGGGCGAACAGCAAGGCCCUUCCCGCCCACCUCCUCGGCCACCCGUGAAGGAGCCCCCCAAGGUUGAGAACAAUGCCUUCACCGCUUUGGACCCCCUUGGCGUCAAAGAGAAGAAGACUGGGAAGGACAUGUUCAAGGACUUCCAGCUCGCUAAGCCCCCUGCCAUCCCAGCAAGAAAAGGGGAGCAGGUGAACCCCAAAGAAUCGGGGGCUUUUGACCAGUAUUUCUCCAGUAAAGUGGGCGUGGCUCAAGACGCUGCAGACCACGAUGACUUUGACAUCAAUCAAAUAUCAGCGACUGUCACUGAUGUUCCCAAAUUGGCACCGGCGCCCGGCCUGAAUGCCCCCGGCCUUCUAGACGCCGCCUUUGCUUCUGUUCCCGCCACAAACAACUCAGCACAAGGACAAGGAGGCCUCAACGUGGACAUGUUUGAUGAAGCUUUCGGAGCUUCCAAUUCCGCUCCGUUUGGGGUGCCGCAGGCCGCAAUGACUGCUCCUGUUGCUCAGAGCUCAGGUGCCUUUGGAGAUCCUUUUGGAAAUCCCUUCGCUUGACCUUCAAAGAUUUUCUGAAAUGAAGAUUCAAUGUACUGAAUUCCUGGAGGCAAAACUGCUGCCAGACAAUCGAAAAGAUGGACUCCGCCCAGACUUCCUCCAGGUCGCCGCCUCCUCUGAUGUUAUUGGUUUUGUCUGAUUAUUACUUCCCUUUACUGCAUAAUCGAAUAAAUGUUACGUCAUCAUCUGCUGAAGAGGGAAAAAAGAUGGAAGAGAGACGUGUCCCGAGGUCCGCUGCUGAUGUUGCCUGUGUUAAAGAAAUAAAAUAAUGAUAC